AUGUUGCUGAGAAUUGUCUGCCAUAUGCUGGCUGCAGUGGCGCUGGAUGAUGCGUUCUUGGAGGACGAAUGCAUGGACUCAGACUCAAUUGACUCAUCGUGCAGCCUAGUGGCCAUGCAGCUACGUGGACAGAAGUUAAGUGCUGCGGAGACCGCACGUGACGGUCUGGGAAAGGAUGCGCUCCGCGAGACGGAGAAUGAUCGUCAACCGUACCUUUGUAUGUACUAUCCCUGGCUUCCUCGGUGCAUGCAUCCUCAAGUAAACUACGCACCACCCCCGAGGCCGCCGAUGUAUCCGAUGUACAAUCCGACGUACAGCCCGGUCCCAUAUUACGCUCCGAUCCCAGCACCAUACGUCCGGCCGCAGCCCACUGCACCUGUGCCAAGCAUGCCGACAUACCAUCCGCAGCCGAUGCCCGGGAGCACAAGGCUUGCGCGGCGUGGCGGGCUCGACCCGCCCACAGGUGUGAAGACUCACAAUGGCGCAUCGUGGGAAACCAUGAGGAUUGCUGGAACCGAUACGAAGCACAUUUUCGCUCUGGGAGACUGGGGUUCCCUGCUAGGCGCUGGCUCAGGUGCGCCGAAAGCCAUCAUCCAGUACAAUGGUGGCCACACACCAGGCGCACACACCAUGGCGAGACACCGAGGUCCAGGAUGCAGCACCAAAGAGAUGACCGGCUGUUUCGGUGCUACUGCCAUGUGCCCAACACAAUGCCACUUCAGUGCUGAAAUUGAUCUGCAUGCGCAGACGCUGGUCGCGACGCAAAUGAAGAAGCGAGCGCCUGAAAGCAAUCCCGACUUCGUAUUAAAUGUUGGCGACAAUUUCUAUUGGGGGGGCAUCGAGACAGAAUGUGGCCAUCCAAUGAGCCAGAUCCAUCCACAAACCCAGGCCCAAUUCAAGGUGAUUUUCGAGGACAUCUACAAGGGACCCGGCCUGGAUGGAAAGCCCUGGUUGAGUGUCUUCGGCAACCAUGACCUGGGAGGAUUCCAGUUCAACAAGGCCUGGGACCAGCAGAUCGCUUAUACCUUUGCCAGUGAUCGCUGGAGGCUGCCAGCUAUGUAUUGGAUGCAGCGAGUGGAGUAUACAGACCAAAACUUCGCAGCGGAGUUCUUGAUGAUUGACAGCAAUGCGAUGGAUGUCAAGCCUUACGAUGCAGAUCCGGAGCACAACCUCUGCGGACGCCUGCACAACCCCGCGGGUGCUUCUUGUGCCGCGACGGGUGGGCCGAAGGACCUUUCGGAGUGCUUUCGCUGGUUCUGGGACCUUUGGAGCAAAGAGCAGAAGCCUUGGGUCGAGCAGAAGCUUCAAGCGUCUGACGCUGACUGGCAGAUCAUAAUAACUCACUUCCAAUGUGGCACACAGGCAGAAUGGUUCAAGCGACUACGCCAAAAGUUUGGUCUCGAUCUGCUGGUAACUGGCCACACGCAUACCCAGCAAGUCUUCCACAACUCCGGCUUGCUCGGAGGCAUGACCUGUUUCAUUACUGGAGGUGGUGGAGGCAUUGUCUCGGAGGGUGACGCCACUCCCUACAGGAGCAGUCAGUAUGGUUUCUUUGACAUGACCAUCAGCAAAGAGAAGAUUGUGUUGGAAUCUAUAAACCAUAACGGAGUCACGCUCGGGAAGUAUGAUGUUCUUCCAUUUAGAGUGUGA